AUGGAUAUCACAAGAAACACCUUCUCCAACUUUGGGGUGUUCCAACAUUUUGCUCUUGUGACUUUGAGCUUCCUGGUCCACUGUGUUAAACCAAUGCCUGUUCCUACUGCUGCCCCCUUCUGCACGGCCUCUGAAACUGCCCACUACAGCCUAAAGUUUACCGGCAAGUGGACGCAGUCUGCUUUCCCCAAGCAAUACCCAGUCUACCGGCCCCCUGCACAGUGGUCUGAUCUGAUGGGGGUGACCCACAGCUCUGACUUCCACAUGUGGCAACGUAAUGAGUUUGCCAGCAAUGGAGUAAGGGAAUUCACAGAGAGAGGGGAGGCCUGGACGCUUAUGAAGGAAGUGGAGGCGGCCGGCGAACGCAUCCAGAGCGUCUAUGGAGUCUUCUCCGCUCCUGCUGUUGUGGGAGGCACGGGCCAGAUGCACACCGAAAUCGAUGUCUUCGCCAGGCACUCCUAUCUGUCGUUCAUGGUGCGUAUCGUUCCAAGCCCGGACUGGUUUGUGGGCGUAGACACUUUUAACUUGUGUGAAGGUGACCAAUGGAAAGAGAGCGUGACCCUGGAGCUGUACCCCUAUGAUGCGGGAACAGACAGUGGGUUCACCUUCUCAUCUCCUAACUUCGAGACCAUUCCUCAGGAGAAAGUCACACAGAUAACCUCCUCCUUACCAAACCAUCCUGCCAACUCCUUCUACUACCCCCGCUUGAAGCACCUCCCACCCAUGGCCAAGGUGACACUGACAAAGACAACCAAGAAGACCAAUCAAAUCAUCAGCCUUCCACUGGAGCCCACCCAGUCCAAUCAACUGCCAACAGGCAACGAGAUUGAAGAUAAGCUCACAGACACCCCUCUGGACUGUGAGGUGUCCGUGUGGUCUCCUUGGGGGCUUUGUAAGGCCAACUGUGGAGACUCAGGCAUGCAGCACCGCACACGCUACGUCCUCAUGCACCAUGCCAACCACGGAACACCCUGCCCCCCACUGGAGGAAGAACGAAAGUGUAUCCCCGACAACUGCUUAUGA